GACUACCAGCAGGCAGUCAACUGUACUCUGCAGGUACAGAGGCAAUGCAGUGAUGACGCGAUGAAGCCCACAGUAGCCGACUCCCAGACAGUGCAGGACGGCUUGGCCAAACUCUGUGGUCAUAUCGGGGAUUUCGACACUAAGUGUGUUCAGAAGGCACCUAAAGCAGCUUGCGGCAGUAGACGCCGCUCUUUGGCUUCGAUUAUCCUGAGGCAUCUUUGCGAUGACACUCAUGUCAUCCAGAACUGUCUGGUGUCUGCGGUGAGCAGCUGCAGCAAGACGACCGGCAGCAUGUACAAGGACGUCCUACUUAGCCAAUCCCCGGCUAUGUGUCUAAAGCCUAAGCAGGGAUUAACGUCAAAUCUGAUUGGCUGAAGAUGACCCAGCUUAUAAAUAAACAUUGGCUUUUCACUUACUUU